CUAUUGUGCGACGGAAGUGGGAUAUCCCUAUUCCCUGUCAAAUAUCGCUCCGCUUUCCUUAAAUAUCUCUCCGCUAUAACCACAAAAACAGCUCAUAGCCCGUUGGGAACUAGACUCAUUUGUGCGGGGAUUAGACUCCUACGGCUGGUCCAUACACUUGUUAGUUACAUAUAAACUGACAAAAGGGUCCGAGGUUGCCGCAUAGUUAAAUUAGCACACUAGCUCUCAGGCAGACCACGAUAGAGGCCAUCGCUUCCGCUAGAAUCAAGCAUCAAGGGCCAAGCCCAGGAAAACUGUUGUUACCCCACUGUGGAUUCCCUGAAUAGUACCAGGGUGGAGGCAGUCGUAGGCAGAGUGGGCGCCACGUGAAGUGUGGUUUCGGCUUCCUCCAUGAGUAACAACACUGGUCAAAGAGCUCCACGGACCCGGGCGGCGAAGGAAGCCCAGGGGGCAGGGGGGACAACGACAUGGAACCCUCAGGACCAGAGAAUGGACCCAUCCUACAGGCCAACCACCACUGCAGGCCCAACCACAACAUGCAGUGGUGGAGGGAACUCCUGUGUCCUGAGUAAGCUGAUCCAGCUGCCGGCUCCACCGCUGUCGCGCCACCAGCUGAAGAAGUUGGAGGAGCACAGGUAUAGCAGUGCAGGCCACUCCCUUCUGGAGCCCUUCAUGCAACACUACUGGGAGUGGCUAGUGGCGCGUGUGCCGGCAUGGAUAGCCCCCAACCUCAUCACUAUCGUGGGCUUGGCCACAAACAUCCUCACCACAUUGGUGUUGGUGUACUACUGCCCCACUGCCACUGAACAGGCACCUCUGUGGGCAUACCUGUCUUGUGCAGUGGGUCUCUUCAUCUACCAAUCACUGGACGCCAUCGAUGGGAAGCAAGCACGGCGCACCAAUAACAGCACCCCACUGGGAGAGCUCUUUGACCAUGGCUGUGACUCCCUCUCGACAGUGUUUGUGGUCCUGGGUACCUGUAUCGCCGUCCAGCUUGGCACUAACCCCGACUGGAUGUUCUUCUGCUGCUUUGCCGGCAUGUUCAUGUUCUACUGUGCCCACUGGCAGACCUACGUAUCAGGCACCCUGCGCUUUGGCAUCAUUGAUGUGACUGAAGUGCAGUUCUUCAUUAUAAUCAUGUAUUUGCUGGCUGCCAUCGGAGGAUCAGCUUUUUGGCAGUUCUUGAUCCCUGGGGUGAACAUCCAGAUUAAGAUCAUUCCAGCCAUCCUCACUGUGGCAGGAGCCAUCUUUUCCUGCACCAACUACUUCCGGGUCAUAUUCACGGGAGGUGUAGGAAAGAACGGAUCCACCAUAGCGGUGGCUCAUAUGACCAAAAGUGAGAUGUCUCUCCAUGACUUGGCUUACCUGGGGCCAGGGCUGCUCUUCUUGGACCAGUAUUUUAACAGCAUCAUAGACGAGUACUUGGUCCUCUGGGUGGCACUAUUCCUGUCCAUCUUUGACCUGGUGCGCUACUGCGUCAGCGUAUGCAACCAGAUCGCCUCUCACCUGCACAUCUUUGUGUUCAAGAUCAAACCCCCCAACCUGCAGCCCGUUGCUGCCUCCCAGUCAGGCAAAGAUGUGUGGUGACACUUGUCCCUGGUCUGGUGACACUGUCCGUACAGAGAUGAAGUUGGUGGGUGUACCUCUACCGCCUCCCCCUUGUCUCCACAGGAUUCCCAUUGGAUGAGACAAAUUGGAGGCGGUCUCUCUAUGAAUGUAUUAGCCCAUGAAAUUAUGAAUACAUUGAGGGUGGUGGAAAUAAUUUAUUUCAAUCUAUUUGUUGUGCAAUAAUGCUCUGUUUUUGCCGAUGUUGUGUUGUUUUGGUGUUAAAGGUACAUAACCGAAGAGAAAGGGGUUUUGUUUAGUUUGUCAUAAAAGUGCACCCCGUUAUUUGGUAACAAACUAUUUGAGAAUUAGUUGUCUAACCAAACUUUAUGGAUAGGGGUUAAUGUUGCUUACUAUAACCGUGCUGCCACUAUCUGUGUAUUAGCUAUUUUUUAAACUGAAAUAAAUGUUAUCCAUGGGAAGGAGCAGGUUAUACCUAACCAAGUAAUAUUAUAUUUAUCUACAGGAAAAACACCUACAGUUUAUUAACGUGUCAGAGCAGUAUGACUGAAUUUAAAUGUCUCUGUUCUUUCAGUAUUGGUACUAGUUUAGCUCCUCUACGUACAACUACUUGUUCCACUCCAGAAAAAACAUUAGUCCUCUGUUCAAGGUGUAGUUCUGUGUACUGCAUUCUGAGGUCUCAUCAUUAACCAAGUAUUAAACGUUAGAACUGUAGCCGUACGGAUGGACGCAGUACCCGUCCAUGUUCAAACAUAAGGAAUGUUUUUUUUCUGCAAAAGGAAUGCCUCUUACAUUAUAUUAAACAGUGACGCACAGAGUAUUCAAAUGUCUGCAGCUAAUGUCUCAUAACAAGAGUAGAACUUGUCAUUGUUCUCGUGUGUAUCAUAUGCAUGGGAUGGGCAUUUACAACCCACUGUAGUGGUCACAGCCAAUAUCUCUAACUGAUGGGGUUCAACCAAUCGAAACAUCCAUUCAAACGUACAUUUUUUUCCCCCUUGGAUUGUUUGUCAUUUCUGAUAAAUGCAGAGAUUUUGAAAAUAAAAUGCGAAGGGUGAAUCAAUCGUUGGCCGUUAAAAAAAAAUGCUUCUGUCAUUCUUUUUUUUGGUCAAAAUUGUUACUUUGUCAAAGAAAAUACAUUUUUGAAUAAACAAGCUUAUGUAAAAUAAAAAUGUGCUAUAUUUAUAACAGAUAGAGGCUAUUGGAAGACCACAUAAUUGGAGAAAAAAAACUUUCAAUAGAGAAUGAUGUUUCAGAGGGACAAACACACACGUUCACUCUAGCCCCAUUUUUCCUAGUUCUAACAUGCAUCCUUCGUGCGGACAAUGUCCUGAUGUCCGUUUGUACUUUUAAGAUGGGAUCACAAUGAGUCUUGUCUACACACCCAUAUAAGAAUGUGGACAAGAUCAAGACAAAGGACAUGUUAGAACCAGGUAUAAACGGGGCUUCUCUCACUCACAAGCAUUCACUCGCUCGCUCGCACAGAUCUGUACCACCUUGCUUUAUUCUGCAACAUAGCAGAAGUUUGUUUCUUUAUUCUGUGUACCACAAUCCAUGUCUAUAUUCAACAUAACUCACAAAUAAAACUAUGAAUAUAUUACAUAUUUAAUUCAUGAAACCAUAGGGCUCUAUUUUAACAGAUCUAACUCAAUGGUA